AUGUGGCUCCUGGACCCAUCCCGAAAAGAGGUGCUAAAAUUUGCAGUCCAUUGCCGAGUCCUCGUUCUGGUGUUACAGGCCCUCUUCAAUGCCAUCAUUCCAGAUCACCGUGCAGAAGCAUUUUCCCCUCCUCGCUUAGCCCCCUCAGGCUCUGUGGACCAACUUGUGGAAGUUCUUCUAGGUGGCCUGUCUCACUGGGAUGCUGAACACUUCCUGUUCAUUGCGGAACAUGGUUACCUGUAUGAGCACAACUUUGCCUUCUUCCCUGGUUUCCCUCUAGCCCUGCUGGUAGGGACUGAACUGCUUCUGAGACCUCUGCGGGGGUUACUGAGUCUACGGAGUUGCUUGCUAAUUUCAGUAGCAUUGCUGAAUUCCUUGUUUUCUGUGCUGGCAGCAGUGGCACUUCAUGACCUGGGUUGUAGGGUUUUACACAGUGCUCGCCAGGCCUUCUACGCAGCACUGCUCUUCUGUCUCAGCCCCGCCACUGUCUUCCUGACAGCUGGUUACUCAGAAGCUCUGUUUGCCCUUUUGACAUUUAGUGCCAUGGGGCAGCUAGAGAGGAACCGAAGUUGGACUAGCGGAUUUCUCUUUGCCCUUGCCACUGGUGUACGCUCCAAUGGACUGGUCAACAUUGGGUUCCUUGUGCAUGCUCAGUGCCAAGGCUUUUUCUCUUCUCUCGAAGCGGGAAGUCCCCUGAGGCAGCUCAUUAAGCUGAUAGCUUCUGUGCUCCUGUCAGUGCUCACACUUGGCCUUCCCUUUUUCCUCUUUCAGUAUUAUGCCUAUACCCAGUUCUGUCUACCAGGCACAGCCCAGACCAUCCCUAAGCCCUUGACGCAGUUAGCUAUGGAUAAGGGCUAUCGUAUUGCAGAUGGAAAAGAGCCACCGUGGUGUUUCUGGAACCUUCCUCUAAUUUACAAAUAUAUCCAGGAUGUCUAUUGGAAUGUUGGUUUUUUGAGAUACUAUGAACUCAGACAGGUGCCCAAUUUUCUACUAGCUGCACCAGUGGUUAUAUUGGUUGCUGGUGCAACUUGGAUGUAUAUAACCACUCACCCUUGGCUCUGCCUUACACUUGGCCUACAAAAGAACAAAAACCUAGAGAAGUCUGUACCUGGAUUCCUCAGUCCUCAUGUGUUUGUGUACCUGGUCCAUGCUGUGGUGCUGCUGGUGUUUGGAGGUCUGUGCAUGCACGUUCAGGUUCUCACCAGGUUUUUGGGCUCUUCCACUCCUAUUGUGUACUGGUUUCCAGCUCACUUGCUACAAAAUCAAGAGCCAAUGCUGAAGUCUUUAGAGACUGUGUCUUGGAAGCCUCUUGAAGGGGACUCCCCACCAGGACAAAUGAUCUCCAGAAAUCCUAUCAAGGAACUUUUGUACAAUUGGAAAACCUGUUCUCCACUCACACAAUACAUUCUAGGCUACUUCCUGACUUACUGGCUCCUGGGACUACUCCUUCAUUGCAACUUCCUGCCUUGGACAUGA